AUCCUGAUUGGCCCAUGGCCUGAGGCGACAGAUUCCGGAAAGGGGAAGAGCAGCCAAUAUGGCGGCGGAGCGCGGCGCGGGGCAGCAACAGUCGCAGGAGAUGAUGGAGGUUGACAGGCGUGUUGAAUCUGAAGAAUCAGGUGAUGAGGAAGGGAAGAAGCAUGGCGGUGGCAUCGUGGCAGACCUCAGCCAGCAGAGCCUGAAGGAUGGGGUAGAACGGGGCGCAGAAGAUCCGGAAGAGGAGCAUGAACUGGCAGUGGAUAUGGAAACCAUCAGCCUGGACCGAGAUGCAGAGGAUGUUGAUCUGAAUCACUAUAGAAUUGGAAAGAUUGAAGGCUUUGAGGUGCUAAAGAAAGUGAAGUCACUCUGCCUUCGUCAAAACUUAAUUAAAUGCAUUGAGAACCUGGAUGAACUUCAGAGUCUUCGAGAACUGGAUCUCUAUGAUAAUCAGAUCAAGAAGAUUGAGAAUCUAGAGGCACUGACGGAAUUGGAGGUUCUAGACAUUUCUUUUAAUUUGCUGAGGAACAUUGAAGGGAUUGACAAACUGACACAGCUGAAAAAACUCUUCUUGGUCAACAAUAAAAUCAAUAAAAUUGAGAACAUAAGCACCUUACAGCAACUGCAAAUGUUAGAGCUGGGGUCUAACCGGAUCCGGGCAAUUGAAAAUAUCGACACAUUAACCAACCUGGAGAGUUUGUUUCUGGGGAAAAACAAAAUUACAAAGCUUCAGAACCUGGAUGCACUUAGCAACCUCACAGUCCUCAGUAUGCAGAGCAACCGGCUAACAAAGAUCGAAGGUCUACAGAACUUGGUGAACCUUCGUGAACUAUACCUCAGCCACAAUGGCAUCGAGGUUAUCGAGGGCCUGGAGAACAAUAACAAACUCACCAUGUUGGAUAUUGCAUCAAAUAGAAUAAAAAAGAUUGAGAAUAUCAGCCAUCUGACAGAACUGCAAGAAUUCUGGAUGAAUGACAACCUCCUGGAGAGUUGGAGUGACCUUGAUGAGCUGAAGGGUGCCAGGAGUCUGGAGACUGUGUAUCUGGAGCGUAACCCCCUGCAGAAGGAUCCACAGUACCGGCGGAAGGUCAUGCUGGCCCUACCCUCUGUGCGGCAGAUCGACGCCACGUUCGUCAGGUUCUGAGCCCUUCUUGCGCCUCACCUGGUCCCUCUCCUCAAAAGAACUUCCCAGCCACGGUUUUUUAAUCUACCUAUUGCUCCUGACGUCGUCACUCUACCAACAGUCACAACCCAAUGGCAAUAAUCAGGCACUGGCACUACCCGGCCUGUGAUACUUCACACCAUUUGGAGAUGCCAACACUAUUAAACCUUGCCACGCGGUCUUCCUGGUGAAUCGCUGACAGUUAUUGUAGCCAUGGAGAGAAUGCAGGACAUGUUACAGUCACUUGCCCCUCCUGUUUCUAUGUCCUUAGCUUGGUGGGCACUCUGGGCCGCCCCGGCAGACCUUCAAGUCGGUUUGCAAGGUUUAAGUAGUCAUGACCUACAACAGCACACUGGAUAGUCUUUCAAACCAAUUUUGGAAAGAAAAAAAUUUUUUCUUUGCCAAUUUUGAAAAGAAAAGAUUAUACUUUUUCUUUUUUGGAGUAAAGAUGGUCCAGUGUGGGAAGCUAUAAUCCCUGGUGCCCUUCCCACAUGAGGGAGGCUGAGCACAGCACACUGGGCACCAUGUGACCUUAUUCCCGCUUGGUAAAAGCCGAGAUAUGGAGAGCUUCAUUCCGUAUCACCCAGCUAUGUGGACCUAAGUGAUAUCAGAAACGUACAUGUCUGAGCUCUCGGCCACUGGGCACUAGUCACAUGGCUCCUGCACUCACCCCUCAUCCUCUGGCUGUAUGUAGAUGAAAUGUCUCUGAGCAAACUCUAGGGUGUAAAUCUGAUGCUGCAAGAGCAUUGUCCUCCCUCUGCGCCUCAGACUUCCUUCCAUACAGUAAGCACUAACUAUGGUCACCAAAGACCCGAGCUUCCAGGGUUCUAGUUCUGUACUGUCCCAGAUGGGGCCGCUAACUGCCACAUGUAGCAAUUACUAUUCAUAUUUAAUCCAUUGGAUCUAUUCAUCUCUUCAUUUGUGCUCACACUUCAUCUGCUCAGAGGCCACAUAUCAUGGAAGGCAUCUAUUUCUGCCAUCAUAGAAGGUUCUGGAAAACACUGCUCUAGACUGUGUUUAGUAGUAGGGGGAAUGGCUUGCAUUGAGCUGUGAAGCAUGUGACCAAGUGUCCAAGCUAACCAGUUAGCCAACUGCCCAGGAGUUUGUAAUGUCAGAAUGCUUUCAUGGAUUUAACAUCCGUUUCUGAUUCUAAUUCUCACCAAAAUAAACCGUAUGAUCUGGAUCUGUGCACCAUCUCCCUAACAAGAAGUAAGCUCUUAGCAUGGACCAUUGGGCGGAGCAGCAUGCAGCCCUGAGAACAUUGUGCCAUAUCCCUGGGAUUGUACCAAGCACCAUUCAUGUCAGAGCAAAAGAAAAACACCUUAGACACACAAGGACUGAAAUGUAGGUGUCCUUGCUGCAGUCACUCAUAGGAGGCCCACACCUGCAUGUGGCUUCUGUAGAGCGAGACAUAAUGUAGAGGGAGCAACAGGCAGCAGAGCCUCAGAGCCGCUCAAGGGUGUCCCUGCAGCAUUCAGUUGUGGGAGAGCCCUGCCAGGUAAAUGGAAUGGAUGAGGGAAUAUCUCCAAAUGAAUUGAAAUUCUGGAAUUAGGAAAAAAUGUCAAAAAAUUAUUCCUUAAAACAGGAAGAAUCUCCAGAAUCUAGAAAUGGCUGAAAGUUCUCAGUUAUGAUCGGUAGAAAAUGCCCCUGAAAAUCUUGACAAAUGCAGGGCAGAAGUAAAACCACUGCUCUUAUAGAAGAGCAUGCAUGCAAAGGUCUGAAAUCCAGGACUACUGACACUUCACCAGGAAGGCUUUGUCUCAGGAAUGAAUCCAGGGGUGGCUAGGAGCAGGCAGGACGGCCUGGGGUGCAGGCCUAUAAUCCUGUUUUCUCGUCUUCUCUGGAGGCUGAGGGAAGAGGAUGAAGGUUUAAGGCAUGCCUUAGCUACAGUGAAACUGAGGCCAGCCUCAGCAACCUAGUGAAACCCUAUCAGAAAGUAACGAUGGGGCUGGGAGGGUAGCUGAAGAAUAGAACACCUGCCUAGCGUUUAGAAGACCCUGGGUUCAAUUCCUAACACAGGAGGAGGCAAUGUAAGCAGAACCAGAAUUUACAUAAAUCACCACUCAAAGCAGUAAAAGAAAAAAAAAAACCAUCAAUCAGUUGUAUAUAUCCCUGGAUUUCUUUUCAGGGAAAAACAUUAUUAUUAUUAUUAUUAUUAUUAUUAUUAUUAGCAUUAGCAUUAGCUCGAUGCAUGAUGUCUGUGUGUGGGUGUGGGCACAUAUGUGCUGUGGUGCAGCAUGAUGACAGACUUGUAGUGUUUUCUCCUUCUCAUGUGGGUUCUAGGAAUUGAACUAGGUUGUCAGGCUUGUGCUGCAGUUUGCCAUCUCAUUGGUUCUGUAUUCCUGGACUCUAGCAUUUUUAUUUCUUUAUAAAUAAAAAGAUAUCUUAAAGCUGGUAGUCUGAUAGACUUGAGCUGUGGGAAAAGGCAGGCCAGUGGGUAAGAAAGUUCGCUCUGCAAACCUGGGAACCUGAGUUCAAAUCCCCAUCUCCCACGUAAAAACUGAGCAAGGUUGCAAUCCUAUAUAUAACCCUAGGAGAAGAAGCCAGCUCGGUGGCAAAGUGUGUGCUUAGUAUAUGAAGGCCCUGAUACCAUUGCCAAGGGUUGGGGGAUUAUUGAAAGUGAAGGCAAUUUCUCCAUUGGGCUACACACUAUUAUUUUUUAUUGUCACUGUGAUAGAAUACCUUGAGGAACCAGGAAGGAAGGGUUUAGUCUGACCCAUGGUUCAGUGGAUAUAGUGCCAGCAUGAGUAGCUUCCCACUGCAACAGUGAGAACUAACAUGUACAGCCAAGAGGCUAAGACCCAACCAGGGGUCUCCUGUCAGUGGCCCACUGCCAGCUAGCUUCCGUGUCCUAAAGGUUCUACAACCUUCCAAGAUAGCACCACCAACAGGGGACCACAUAGUCAAAUGGGUAAACCUCUGGUUACAUUUUGCGUUCCAGCAUUAACACACACAACACAGUGCAGGAGGGCACACACAAGCUACCACACUGCAUUUCAUCAAAUCUGAACACCAUGAAUUGUAAGAUACUGUUACUUUAUGAACACUCAGGAAACCUUCCCAAAUAGUUGUGCCUCUAGACCUACCUUAGUUGUAGAACAUAUGCUCGGUCCAGAGAUAUCGAAAUGUGGAAAAUAAAUCAAACUAUAUAAAUGCUAGCACUAAAAACUGCACUGAAAUAGAAAUGUUUUGUUCAGAAAGCAAGCAAACAUAUUGACACAAGGAAUGUUUACAGCAGGCAGGCAGCAGAUCUGUUGUGUAGGUUAAGUAACUGGUGAAGCAUAGAACACUUGGAUAGAAAUUAUUUUCACUUUUUCCCCAAGGAAAGAAAAGCAGUGAGACGUAUUAGCUACCUGAUAAAAGAACCAUCAUUAAGAAAAAGGGCCCCUCUGACCAAAAGUCACAUUAAAAACAAUCAGUAAAGUAGAAGUUA